AAGUGGCGUGGACCUCAUGUAGAAAUGACAACAAUGGAAGGGGCCAGCGGGUCGAGUUUUGGAAUAGACACGAUUUUGUCCAGUGCCAGUUCGGGCAGCCCCGGCAUGAUGAAUGGAGAGUUCCGCCCGCUCGGCGAGGCCAGGACCGCGGAUUUUAGGAGUCAGGCCACUCCGUCCCCCUGUUCGGAGAUUGAUACCGUAGGAACGGCGCCUUCUUCUCCCAUCUCCGUCACCAUGGAGCCCCCGGAGCCGCAUCUGGUAGCAGAAGGGCCCCAGCAUCACCACCACCUCCACCACAGCCAACAGCCGCCGCCGCCAGCCGCGGCCCCCACGCAAAGUUUGCAGCCUUCACCCCAACAGCAGCCGCCGCCGCCGCCGCCGCCGCCACCCGCCCAGCAGCUGGGCUCGGCCGCCUCGGCCCCCAGGACUUCCACCUCUUCUUUUUUAAUCAAGGACAUCUUGGGCGACAGCAAACCUCUGGCGGCGUGUGCACCCUACAGCACCAGCGUCUCCUCUCCCCACCACACCCCGAAGCAGGAGAGCAACGCGGCGCACGAGAGCUUCAGGCCAAAGCUCGAGCAAGAGGACAGCAAAACCAAACUCGACAAGCGGGAAGAUUCCCAGAGCGACAUCAAAUGCCACGGAACAAAGGAGGAAGGAGACCGGGAGAUUACAAGUAGCCGGGAGAGUCCCCCUGUGAGAGCCAAAAAGCCUCGCAAAGCCAGGACAGCUUUCUCCGAUCACCAACUCAACCAACUGGAGCGUAGUUUUGAGCGGCAGAAGUACCUGAGUGUGCAGGACCGCAUGGACCUGGCGGCUGCGCUCAACCUCACGGACACCCAAGUCAAGACCUGGUACCAGAACCGCAGGACCAAGUGGAAGCGGCAGACCGCGGUGGGCCUGGAGCUGCUGGCCGAGGCGGGGAACUACUCGGCCCUGCAGAGGAUGUUUCCGUCGCCUUAUUUCUACCACCCAAGCCUGCUGGGCAGCAUGGACAGCACCACGGCCGCCGCGGCCGCCGCAGCCAUGUAUAGCAGCAUGUACCGGACUCCUCCCGCGCCCCACCCCCAGCUGCAGCGGCCCCUUGUGCCCCGCGUGCUCAUCCACGGCCUGGGGCCCGGGGGACAGCCGGCCCUCAAUCCCUUGUCCAACCCCAUCCCAGGCACCCCGCACCCCCGGUGA